AUGGAGCCCCUGUUCCCGGCCGCCGCACCGGGCUGGAACGCCUCCUCCUCUUCCUCGGCGGCCGCCCCUGCAGGCAGCCACAACGGGACGCUGGCGGGGCUGGCGCCCUCGGCCGGGGUGCGGGCGGUGCUGGUGCCCGUGCUGUACCUGCUGGUGUGCGCCGUGGGGCUGGGCGGCAACACGCUGGUCAUUUACGUGGUCCUGCGCCACGCCAAGAUGGCCACGGUCACCAACGUGUACAUCCUGAACCUGGCCGUGGCCGACGUGCUGCUCAUGCUGGGGCUGCCCUUCCUGGCCACGCAGAACGCCGUCUCCUACUGGCCCUUUGGGCCCUUCCUGUGCCGCCUGGUCAUGACGCUGGACGGCAUCAACCAGUUCACCAGCAUCUUCUGCCUGACCGUCAUGAGCGUCGACCGCUACCUGGCCGUGGUGCACCCGCUGCGCUCGGCGCGCUGGCGCCGCCCGCAGGUGGCCAAGCUGGCCAGCGCCGCCGUCUGGGCCUUCUCGCUGCUCAUGUCCCUGCCGCUGCCGCUGUUCGCCGAGGUGCAGGAGGGCUGGGGCACCUGCAACCUGAGCUGGCCGGAGCCCGUGGGGCUGUGGGGCGCCGCCUUCAUCGCCUACACGUCCGUGCUGGGCUUCUUCGGGCCGCUGCUGGUCAUCUGCCUGUGCUACCUGCUCAUCGUGGUCAAGGUCAAGGCGUCGGGCGUGCGGGUGGGCUGCCCGCGGCGGCGGCGCUCGGAGCGCCGGCUCACGCGCAUGGUGGUGGUGGUGGUGCUGGUGUUCGUGGGCUGCUGGCUGCCCUUCUUCCUGCUCAACAUCGUGAACCUGGCCGUGACGCUGCCCGAGGGCCCCGCCUCCGCCGGCCUCUACUUCUCCGUGGUCGUGCUGUCCUACGCCAACAGCUGCGCCAACCCCGUGCUCUACGGCUUCCUCUCCGACAACUUCCGCCAGAGCUUCCGGAAGGUUCUGUGCCUCCACGGGGGCUACGGCGCCGAGGACGCCGACCCCGUGGAGAAGGGCGCGCGGCCGCGGGAGGCCACGCUGCCCGCCCCUGGCCCAGAGGCCAACGGACUCAUGCAGACCAGCAGGCUGUGA